AUGAUCUCCCUUCACACUUUUCGCUCCAGUGUUCCGCGCCGAUGUCUGUUCGCGGCCUCCACCGUCCGCACAUAUGCUAGCCAGACAGCUGGUAAUCCCAUGCUGGAGGUGUUCAACCGCAAGACAAAACAUCUACAAAAGGAUCGAGCAGCUCGGAAUGUCGAGGAGAGCCGGAACGUCGACUACUUGAAAGAUGAGGUUGCAAUGCGACUGUGUGAACGAUUGCUGGAUAUCAAACGUGAUUUUCCAAAUGUGCUCGAUCUUGGCGCAAACAGCUGUAAUAUCGCACGAGCAUUAACGACGCCCAACCUCGACACAGCAGCACCGGAGGGUGUAAUAACACCACCGCUAUCAAAAAAAAUCUCCCAAAUUACAUGUGCGGAUACAUCGCGGGCACUCCUACACCGGGACGAAGACUUGGAUUUCAACAAGGAGAUCAAUAUUCACCGCGAUGUGAUUACGGAUCUCGAGACACUGCCGUACCAACCAAACACGUUCGACGCUGUGCUAUCCUCGCUAUCAAUCCACUGGAUCAAUGACCUGCCUGCGCUACUCAACCAAGUGAACACUAUUCUGAAGCCGGACUGUCCUUUCAUCUGUGCUAUGUUCGGUGGCGAUACACUAUUCGAGCUCCGAGGGUCGAUGCAGCUGGCAGACAUGGAACGACGAGGCGGCGUGAGCCCGCAUGUAUCGCCGCUAGCGGAUGUUAAAGAUGUGGGAAGCCUGUUGAACCGUGCCGGGUUCAAGAUGCUUACAGUUGAUGUCGAGGAUAUUGUGGUUGAGUUCCCGGAUACCUUCGCUCUCAUGCAGGAUCUCCAAGCCAUGGGUGAAAGCAAUGCCAUCAUGCACCGCGAGGCAGGUCCUUUGUCUCGAGAUGUCUUAUUGGCCAACGAUGCUAUUUACCGUUCUCUGCAUAUGGGAGAGGAUGCCCCUGGUAUCCCUGCUACCUUCCGAAUGAUCUACAUGAUUGGCUGGAAGGAGAGCAAAGACCAACCGCAGCCAUUGCAGCGCGGUAGUGGAGACGUCAAUCUGAAGGAUAUCCUUGGUGGUGGUGAUUUUGAAAAGCCUUGA